UUCUCGCUCCAAUCGAGAGAUCUCUUCCCAAAACUUUCCGUGCCAGCAGGGCUUCCUGAAGCUUCUGUAUUCUUCUGUGUGUAGCUCAAGGGGGCGACAGCAGAAACCAAAUGGAGGACGUGUGAAAUAUGUACAAAUAAAAACAUGGUAGUGGUGACCGAGCAGGCGGACGGACCCCUCCUCACUCCGUUACUGUCCCCGCAGCAGCAACUCGUGAACAGGGACUCCCGAGGGACGAGGCCCGCGUCUGAAGGGUCUGAGAAUGGAGGGGAGAAGAGACAGGGGAGGAGAGGAGGGUCACCUGCAGGCCUCCAGCUGUGUCUGGACCCAGAUUCAGAGCCUCCAGAGAGCAGGAGGAAACCAGUAGGCAUGAGAUUAAAACCUGUGGAGCAGCUUUCACCGGUGCAGAGUCCCAGUGACUAUGAGACCAAGUCUGACAGGAAGAAAGGCCAGUCCAGCCACAUAUCUAAGACAAACACACACUAUCACAAGUUAUUUAAGGAGGUCAGCAAAGACGAGACCCUCAAACAGAGCUACACGUGCGCCCUGCAGAGAGACAUUUUAUAUCAGGGCAAAAUGUUCGUCUCUGAUAACUGGAUCUGUUUCCACUCCAAAGUCUUCGGCAGAGACACCAAGAUUUCCAUCCCCGUGGUGUCGGUAACGUUCAUCAAAAAGACUAAAACGGCUCUGUUGGUGCCGAACGCCCUCGUGAUCGAAACGACGAGUUAUCAGCAUGUCUUUGUGUCUUUCCUGUCUCGAAACACCACCUACAAACUUCUGAGGACCAUCUGCAUCCACCUGGAGGUGGAGAAGACAUGCAGCAGCCCCACUAAUUCCUCGUGCGAGAACAGCUUCAGGGUGGAUUGUCCGUCGACGCUUCCUCUGGACUUCUCCGACCUGGACGGGGUCGUUCAGCAGAGACGGCAGGAGAUGAUGGAGAGCAGCAGCUCCGGCUCGCAGACUCCAGACUACGACAAGAUCACAGACUUUCCCAACACGUUUCUGAGUGCAGUGAAGAGCGGAGAGGUUUCGGUCCAUGCUGACAUCCACCUCCAGGCUCCCAGCCAAAUCCACGGAGCGGCCCUGAAUAACGCGUCGCCUAAAGCACCGCUCAAAGAGAGACCCUCCCAGCACAUGUCGUUACACACCAUCCUGCUCAUCUAUCUGUUUCUAGUCGGCGUCCUCGUCCUGUCCUCGUGUUACAUGGCUUUCAAGAUCGUGGCUCUGGAGCAACGUUUGAACUCGCUGGUGUCCAUGGGGGAACACGUUCACAAUGAAAACUCGGUGAGCCAGAGGUCGCAGAGCGAGAUGAACGCCGAGAUCUACGGCGAGCUGUCAAACAACUUGUUCAAGCUAGAAAAGAUUCAAAGAAACCUCCAGAAGCUACUUGAAGAGACUUAGAAGAAGAAGCUCCAACAUUUCCUCGAACUGUCUUUCACUGAAGAAUCGUUUUGGUGAUGGAUUUGUAGCCAAAGCGCGGACGUCUUAUCAGAAAAGCUUUUUUUUUUAAUUGUGUGAACUUUGACUUAAAUUGUGCAAUAACAGCUUCUUCCCCCCAUUUAUUCCUCUCAGGACUUGUGUGUGUGUGUGUGUGUGUAGCAGCCAACAGGUUAGUAUGUCAGUGUUAGUGAAGACAAGUUGUGUAAUAUUUAUCCAAGAACAUUUAUUUUGCAUUUCACAAUAGUGGGAUUUUAAAACGGUCCAAAGGGCUUUAUUUCAAUGUUUCCGGACAUUUCUUCAAAGGUCAACUUAUGCUGUUGAACGUGUUGUGUUGUUAGCGUGACAUUGCCAAUGAGUUAUAUUUAUAAAUCAGGCGGUGAGGGAUGUUUGAGAAGAUUUUUAGCUACAUUUACGGGAAACAUUUCCUCCGAUUUGUGUGCUGUUUUUAAAAUGGAGCUGUGAGAGUCGAGGCUUGGGUGACAUUAGAGCGUUUUUUUAUGGUAAAUGUAGAGUAAUCUGUAGUUAAUUAACAAUGCACGGUGUAGACUGACUAUAUUUUAAAACCUUGUGAUGUUUUCUUUGUUUUUUUAACUCACUUUUGUGCCUUUAAAAAAAAAAAAGCCUGUCAAUCAUUUCUGGAGCGUUUAUGUGAGUGUGUGUUUGCAGCUGCGUUGCUAUGGUGAGCCCUUAAUCCGAGACAUUGCCUUUAACUGUUGUUCACCUCACAGGCCUGAAAUAAAAGUCUCUGUCACACGACGGUGUCUGCUC